UCGAUGCAUCGGGGAUACACAUUCCGAAUUCUAGUAAGUCUCUGUACAACUGGUGUGAGGACGAUGAGUCCAGCGUGGCUGAUCCUUCUCUUAAUGCUGUGUGGAUCAAGCAGUACUGUUAGCAUUCCAUAUGAGAAAUUCUAUCAAAAGCAGAGUCUUGGGUUCAGUGUGGAUAACAGGAUUUCGUGUAUUGGGUGUGUUCUAUUAGUGUCAUUAACGGAACAGCUUGCACAAGUGCAUAACAGUUCAAUACAAGAUGCAAUGGAAUCACUGUGUUCCUACCUACCUGAAAACCCAAAUGUAAGUGGCCUCUGCACUGUGUUAAUUGAAAUCUAUGGACCAGAGAUAAUCAAGUUGCUAAAUCAUAAAUGGAACGGGGAUGUUGUUUGCCAUGCAAUGAAACUAUGCAAAAAUGAUCCGGACCAACCAGUUUGUCAUAUCUAUCAACAGCCAAAGGGUGGAAUACGAAAGGCAAUUAUGCAGGCUGAAAAGACCGUAAAACAGUCUAAUUUUAUGAAAAAAUCUGAAAUUGUUUCUAAUAUUUUCUUGAAGCUUUGUUCACUUCCAAUACUACGCAAUAUAUGUGACGCAAUGGAAACAUCAACACCUCUAGAAGAUUUCGACCAUGACAAUUUCAGUGGUUUUCCGACCUUGCGAGGAUACCACUGGAGAGGAAGAGACUGCAAUGACUUUGACAUGUCUAUCUACCCUGGGAAAAGGCCAAGGGAUUGGGAUGCACUGAAGGAUUCUAACUGCAAUGGAAUAUGGGGUUUUGAUCCAGAAGAUGGAAUACCUCAUGAGAAAAAAUUCUGUGAAGGUACUGAUACAAAAGGGAUCAUAGUAUUGGGGGAUUCUGCUGCUGCCCACUUCCAUAUACCUCCCCAAUGGAUGACUGCUCUAAAAAUGUCCAAGGAAACAUUUGCUGAUCUACCCAUGGCACUUUCCAAUGAACUCGACUGGCCUCAGUUCUCUCUGUAUACUGGGUUCCAGAACUCUACAAAUGGAAUUCCUACAAAUUCAUUAUAUCUGCAUUUAAGGAAUUUGAAUCGCUGUAACCACAGGGAUUAUCAGAGCAUAGCACGGAAUGGUGGUUCUUAUGGCAACAUUCAUAAUUAUAUUGAAAGUAUGGCAAGAAACCAGCAGCUAGAUAAGCCUGCAAUUGUGUUCUAUGCUCUGAUUGGUAACGAUGUGUGCAAUGAUUAUGAGGACACAUUGAAACACAUGACAACACCUGAGAAUAUGAAAUCCAGUCUCUUGAAAACCCUGCAAUUCAUGGACUCUCGUCUGCCAAACGGAAGCCAUAUUGUGUUAAUCCAAUUAGCAGAUGGACGUUUCUUGUGGAAUUCAUUACACGACCGUUAUCAUCCAAUAGGUCAGUUAAAUAAAGAUGUGACAUAUGAGCAAUUUUAUUCUUUCCUGACCUGUCUUCAGAGCAACCCAUGUGAAGGAUGGAUGAGUGCCAAUGAAACACUUCGAAAUUUAACUACUGAGAGAGCCGACCAGUUGUCUGGUGUCCUUAAUGAAGUAGCGUCAUCAUACAAGUUUAAUAACUUUGAUAUGGUUUACUUUGACAACCUCUACCAGAAAGUGAUUGCUGAGUGGAGUAAAGUGGGAGGAGAACCGUGGCAGCUAAUAGAACCAGUGGAUGGGUUUCAUCCUAAUCAGCUCGCCUCUGCAAUUGGAGCUGAUAUUAUAUGGAAGGUGGCAACAGAAAAAUGGCCAGAACUUUUUGGAAAAGAGAAUCCACAUAACAAAGAAAUUAUUGCGAUGUUUGGAGACCAGGGUGGACACUGAGCUGUAAUUAGAAUGCACCAGAUUGGUUCUUUGCACAUUUUUCUAUAGAGAUUUUUAUUAUCUAGUAAUUUUACAAAAAUAUUGUCAGCUGUUAAUCUGUGAAUUUGUGGACAUUUUAGGAAGGGUCAUGUCCAAGUGCCAAGUUAACGUCUAGUUUUCUAUCCAGCACUGUAUUGUUUUUAGACACAUUGUCAAAAGCCAUAGGUAAUAUCCUGAUAUGUCACUUGAAGAUUUAAUUUGAUUUUAAUAUGUUGAUACAGUGGUUUUAUUUAAAUUUCAUAAAAUAUGUGUUUACAUUUUUCACUUCUGUAGCUGCUUUGAACUAAAUGGUCUCUAACAGUAGGACUUCCUGUGAACUCUAGGUUAUGUGAAAGAGCUCUCACUAGACAAGGCUGCAUAGUCUAUCAGUAAGUACUCCCCUUCUUGGAUCUGCUCAAUCCUACACCAUAAAUCAUUCAGAAUUUAGUAGGUGCACUGUAAAAUGGCCUAGGUCAGGGGUAGGCAACCAUCGGCACUCCAGAUAUUGUGGACUGCAUCUCCUUGAUGCUUUUACAGCACUAUGGCUGUAAUAGCAUUAUGGGAAAUGUAGUCCACAACAUCCAAAGCGCCAAAGGUUGCCUACCUCCGGCUUAUGUAAUUGGAGCACAUUCAGAAAUCUUCAUUUUCACCAUUUUUUUUAUCAUAUUAUCUACAUGAUUUUCUUCAUAGAAAUAAAAACAUCUUACACAUUACAUUUAUUGUGGUAAUGAAAGCAACACUCUAGGCACCGUAACAACUACAGCCUACUGUAGUGGUUAUAGUGCCAGCUGUGCACUGGUGCCCUCUCAGAAUUAGUAGUCAAACCGGGCUGUAAUGGUUAUGGUGCUGGAGUAUUCCUUUAGUGCUUGUAUUAUAUUAUGAAACACAUGGAGUGUUGUUUUGUUGCUGAUAUGUAAAUGCAAUGGGAUUUAUAAAUAGUGAAAAGA